GUAUGCGCAUAUUGGCCACAUUCAGUGCGGUAAGCUGCCACGGUUAACAACGUCUCUCGACGAACUGUAACGUCAGUGUUGUGAAGAAAGUGCGUGUUGUUAAGCAAAAAGUGUUUGAAAAUAGAAAACAACAAUAAAAAUAUAUAAAUAUAUAAAAAAUCCUUGAGAGACUCUGUCGUAAUAACGCGUAUUUGUGUGUGUGUGCGCUCGCGUGUCUGCUGUUUAUUCUGACGAAUAUCCUGUAAAAUGCUGAAAUUUAUUCUACUCGCUAUAGCUUGUCUGCUCACCGUGGCAACAGCUUUGAAAAUACACGAUUUCGAGCAUCACGAGUACGAACAUCACAAGGAACCCGAAGAAACGGAACACCAUCAUGAGGUGGAACAUAAACAUGCCACCUCACAUCAAAGUGUCAAAUUCCAUCAUUACCAUCCCGUGCCGGUCUAUAUCAAGGACAAGCACUUGCUCAAGAAUCCCAUCGAAAUUGGCGGCACAAAGCAGAAAUUGAAAAUUUUACAUCCUGAAACUGAGCACAGCCACAAUCACGGUUUGGUUCUGGAAGAAGAGAGCGAGUCGCAUUUCCACGAGCAUGGACAUCAUGAAAUAGAACAUCACGAACCACAUUACGAACACUAUCAUCACGAAUAAAUGAAGGCGAAUGAGAAAGAGAGUGAUGGAUAGAGAGUGAGCGAGUAAAACAAAGAACUGAAAGCCGCAACUGUUUGCUUUUAAUGAACUAAGAUUGGUAGCUUUCCUUGACGUGGUUCAUUUUCAAAGUUAGUGCUUUAGAUUUUAUUUUAUACAAUGGUCACACUUGCUACAAAUGGAGCGCGUUCACUAAAUAUUUUAGAACAAUUAACUUGUAUUUUUAAUUGUGUAUAUUGUUAAUAUAGACUGAGCUUUGGUAAGCUCUUAAUUUGUAAAUUAAAUAAAAUAAAAAAGAGUGUUUCUUAAGUAAAAA